AUGGGUAAACUUAGCAGAAGCCUGGACCGCAAGAUAAUCCGUGACGCUAUAGUAACUGACAGUGACCGCAACCGAACUCUGAUGUACCUCCGCAACGUAAGCGUCGAAGGGGAACAGGGCAAGCCCAACAUAGAAUUCACGCCGGAGGGCGUUCUAAAGGCGGCCGAGCUGAAGAUCAUGAAUCUGCGGCCCGGAGUCAGCAAGCAGCUCGUCUGGGAAGAGAUCGGCGUGUGGAAGUCGUGGCAGAAGGAGGGCCUCGACAUCAAGGACAUCGUGUGGCCGGGCAACAGCCACACGCCGCCGCAGGGCGUGCCCGAGAAGUUCCACCUGAAGAUCACCUUCCUGGAAGAGCCGCCCUACAUCAACCUGGCGCCGCCCGACCCCGUCACCGGCAAGUGCAGCAUGAACCGCGGCGUGCUCUGCCGCGUCGCCAACGACGUCGACAUGGCGGGGGUGGAACUGCCGAGCGCGCACCGCAACGGCAGCCUCUACCAGUGCUGCUCGGGCUUCUGCAUAGAUCUGCUGGAGAAGUUCGCCGAAGAGCUGGCCUUCUCGUACGAGCUGGUGCGGGUCGAGGACGGCCGCUGGGGAACCAUCGAGAACGGCAAGUGGAACGGUCUGAUCGCGGACCUGGUGAACCGCAAGACGGACAUGGUGAUGACGUCUCUGAUGAUAAACUCGGAGCGUGAGAACGCCGUGGACUUCACGGUUCCCUUCAUGGAGACGGGCAUCGCCAUCCUGGUCGCCAAGAGGACUGGCAUCAUCUCGCCUACCGCUUUUCUGGAGCCAUUUGACACGGCGUCGUGGAUGCUGGUGGGCGCCGUGGCGAUCCAGGCGGCAACCUUCACCAUCUUCCUCUUCGAGUGGCUCAGCCCUUCCGGCUUCGACAUGAAGCAGCAAGCGGCGCCGGCGCCCAACCACCGCUUCUCGCUGUUCCGCACCUACUGGCUGGUGUGGGCUGUGCUCUUCCAGGCCGCCGUCCACGUCGACUCGCCACGGGGAUUCACCGCACGGUUCAUGACAAACGUGUGGGCGAUGUUCGCCGUGGUGUUCCUCGCUAUCUACACUGCCAACCUGGCGGCCUUCAUGAUCACCAGAGAGGAGUUCCACGAGUUCUCCGGCAUCGAUGACCACAGGCUAGCGAAACCUUUUAGCCACAAACCCAUGUUCAAGUUCGGAACGAUCCCAUGGAGCCACACAGACUCAACACUUCACAAGUAUUUCAAAGAAAUGCAUGCCUACAUGAAGAAUUUCAACCGGUCAACGGUUGCAGAGGGCAUCGAGAGCGUUUUAAGUGGCGAGCUGGACGCCUUCAUCUACGAUGGGACGGUGCUGGACUACCUGGUUGCGCAGGACGAAGACUGCCGCCUGCUCACCGUCGGCUCCUGGUACGCCAUGACCGGCUAUGGCCUCGCCUUCACACGCAACUCCAAAUACGUACAGAUGUUCAACAAGAGGCUUCUCGACUUCAGAGAAAAUGGGGACCUGGAGCGCCUGCGACGUUACUGGAUGACGGGCACGUGCAAGCCCGGUAAGCAGGAGCAUAAGUCGAGUGACCCGCUGGCGCUGGAGCAGUUCCUGUCGGCGUUCCUGCUGCUCAUGUCGGGCAUCCUGCUGGCCGCCGUGCUGCUGCUGCUCGAGCACCUCUACUUCAAGUACGUGCGCAAGCACCUCGCCAAGACCGACCGCGGCGGCUGCUGCGCCCUCAUCAGCCUCAGUAUGGGCAAAUCACUGACCUUCCGCGGAGCAGUCUAUGAAGCACAGGACCUGCUAAGACAUCAUCGCUGUUCAGAUCCGCUCUGUGACACGCACCUCUGGAAGGUCAAACACGAGCUCGACUUAGCCCGUCUAAAGAUCAGGCAACUGCAAAAGGAGCUGGAAUCCAGAGGGAUCAAACCCAGUCAAAGAAAGAAGAAACGAGGCAGAAGCUGGGCAUCCUGUUUGAAUUGCAACGAGCUGCCUGCAGAUCGUCAAAUUAUGGACAGUACUGAUGUCCUGAAACACCGUGACAUGACAAGAAAUCAUAUUACUUCCACAGAGUAUUCUGGUCGCUUUGAUGGCAGUAACCAGUUGUUCAGGCCAUGCAGAACUGAAAUAGCAGAAAUGGAAACUGUACUGUGAUUCAUGUGCUAAUUGGUGUGUUGGCUGGUCCAAUAUAUUUUCUCAUAGCAACAGUAAAGUAUUCCUAAACCAACGAAAUGAAAUUUGUGAGAUAAAUCUAAAGCUGAUAAAGACAAGCUAACUUUGUACACAUAACACUUCAUGAAAGGUGUAAAUAUUUUAGUGGAAAAAAGAAACAGAGCAGCAGCAAAAAUACAUUAUGUAGAAAAUCAAGAAAAGGGUUUUCAGUUUUAAAAAAACAUGUACUACCUAAUAUUGGGCAGUAUAUGGUAAUGAAUAAAAUGCAUGUACUAAAGGGCGUAAACAUAACAUAUUUUUUGUGAACCUGUGCAUUUGCAGGUGUGAGUGUGUGCAUAUGUGUGUGUUUUGUGUGUGUGUGUGUGUG